UACAGUCGCUGUCAGGAGUGAUGUGGUAAGGACUAACAAACCGAAGAGGAAGAUUCUUGAUGAAGAUCAAUAUAGAGGUAAGACAUUUGGGGAAGAUCAUCCAGAGGGACUUUUUCCCAGAUGCCUCCAAACUUCAAGCGCAGAAGGAUUAUCUGGAGGCAGAGGAGAACAGAGAUCUGGAGCAGAUGAGGGAGGCCGCCAUCAAAUAUGGGUCUGUGAUGGCUAAAUACCCCUCGAACCUAUGUGCCCUACCCCAGAUGGUCGAAGUGCAUCUCCCUCGUGUUUGCAGAGCAAACACAGAUCAGCGAAAGAGGAUGGAAAAGCUGCUGAAAAAACAGAGGAAAAGGAUCUUCUGUCUCUGGACCAUUUUCUUGCUAAAAACACAAGUGAAGACAACGCAUCCUUUGAGCAGAUAUUGAAGCUUGCGGAUGACAAGAACAAGCUGAGGCAUGCGUGGCUCUAUGAGGCAGAGAAUGAAUUUAAAGAGAGGCACGAGAAGAACCUCGCUCUGCCAUCCACAGAGAAACAGGCGAUUGAGUGCACCAAGGCAGGAUUGGAAACAUGGCAGUACAAGGCCAAAAAUGCACUUAUGUACUACCCUGAAGGUAAAUAUUCCAGUGAGGAUCUGCAUCAAAUAGAAAAUAAACAGCAUGCAAGCAACAUUUUGGUGUCAUUUUAAUAUGUAUAUGGCCAAGGAGCCAUCUGGUAAAUUGCAUGUUUAUUUUG